AUGGAGUUCAGUGCCAUGUUCAGAAAUGCUCCAGCUAAAGACCUAUAAAUAGACAAGAGACGAUCUCACAGAAUCAUAUCAUCUAUUAUCUCCUCCAAUAAUAAGAUAUAUCUUCUUCAAUACGAAUCCGAUCAUGAGGAUACGACCGGGACGCGGGGGAGGUGCUUUCUGCCUCCUAUUUGUGCUUGUUCUUUGUUCCGCGGUUCGUUCUCUCGGUCGUGACGUCGAUGUCGUUGGCUACGCAGAAAGUAACAAAAAAAUAAAGAGCGCCCAUGCAUACUCAGGACUCCGAGUAACCAUAGAAUGCAAGGCAGCUGAGACAAAAGAUCACUUUGUUACAAGAGGAAGCGGAGAAGUUGACGAGACAGGAAAGUUUAGCCUCAAUAUUCCGCAUGAUGACAUGGUUGGAGAGGACGGAAACCUAAAAGAAGCUUGCUAUGCUCAGCUUCACAGCGCUUCCGGAAACCCUUGUCCAGCCAACGACGGCCUCGAGGCCGCUAAGAUCGUGACUUUAUCGAAGGAUGGAGAAAAACACGUGUUGGGGAUCAAACAAAAUCUUAAAUUCUCACCGGAACUUUGCUUCUCGAAGUUCUUGUGGGAUAUGCCUAAGUUCCCUUUGCCCCCACCACUUAAACUUCCUCCAUUUCCUAAGAUCAAAAAGCCUUGUCCCCCAAAGAUAAAGCUUCCACCAUUCCUCCCAAUUUACAAGUCACCGGUGGUGAUCCCCAAGAAGCCGUGCCCACCAAAGAUCGCACACAAACCUUCAGUGCCCAUUUACAAGCCGCCAGUACCUAUCUACAAGCCACCGGUUCCUAUUUACAAGCCGCCAGUAGUGAUCCCAAAGAAACCAUGUCCGCCACUUCCCAAGCCGAUCUACAAGCCCCCAGUGCAUAUCUACAAGCCACCGGUGGUGAUUCCAAAGAAGCCGUGUCCGCCAAAAGCUCCGGUGCAUUACAAACCGAUUUACAAGCCUCCGGUGCCCAUCUACAAACCACCGGUGGUGAUUCCAAAGAAGCCGUGUCCGCCUAAAGCUAAGGUGCCAAUCUACAAGCCGCCGGUGCCCAUAUACAAACCAAUCUACAAGCCACCAGUGGUGAUUCCAAAGAAACCGUGUACACCACUUCCGAAGCUUCCGCCUUUCCCACCUAAAUACAUUCCACACCCUAAGUUUGGGAAAUGGCCUCAUUUCCCUUCUCAUCCUUGAAGUGAAUGAUGCCAAAAAAAUAAUAUUCCCUUGCAUGUUGCUUUGUUUAAUUCUACGUAGAUGUUCCAUGUUUCUAUUUUUACGUUCCAGCCAAACAAGCUCUGUAAUUUUUUCUCUAUGUUUAAAUAAAAUAUGUAAUAUCUCUUUGUGUCUUUUCUAUUAAAGAUCUUUGAUGUACGAGAAGUAUCAAUUCCUUUUA